UCGCAUGCUCCACAUGUUGUCUCCUCUUCAGUCACACAGUCAACACAGGGGACGUGGGAAACCCACUUCGACUGCGCCGAUUGGCCGACGCGCCUGUCAAUCAUGGGCCGGCUGGGCGGGUGUAGCUCGGCACCCACGUUAGUGAGUGACCGCUGAAUGAGCCUCAGUGUUUUACUCGGUUUGACAAGUUUCUCUGCGCGAUCAUGGCGCUCAGCCUGAGGAGCUAGUGGACGCAUCGUGCUUCAGCUCCGCUCGGGUCCUGGCUCUUUGGCUAAUGUAGGGAAAGACGCGUUUACCUUUUUCUUUACCUGCCCUCAUCUGAGCGAUUCGACAGCCGGUCACAGUCCACACUGGGAAGACGGACACUAUAGUGAAGAUGGACAGCCGGUCCUUUGACGAUCCCUCGCUGGAUAACCUGGAUCCAACGCUGACGCUCAACGAUCCCAGCGAAAUCGACACGGCCCUGCUGAGCGACAUCGAUUAUAUGCUACAGCUCAUCAACAACCAGGACAUGGAGUUUGGAGGACUCUUUGAUAACCCACCAUACACAGGGCCCCCACCCUCUCAAGAGCUUCCUGGAUUGACCCAGUCCAUUACACCAGCUGCCCCUCCAACCACCACCACCACCACACCUCCAUCUUCCUCUUCCAUCCUAAGCAGCAACCCCCACCUGGAUGCACUUCUGGGCCCACCAAUCACCCGUAGCUCCACCACCCCAGACAAGGCCUUCCAGCCCCCCACUUUCCAGCAGUCCCCCUUGGCCCAGGUGCCCAUCUCCAUACCAAGGCAACAGCCGCCGUCCCCGCAGCAGGCUCAGGCCCUCAGACAACCUCAGGUGUCGCAGCCACAACCCAUUCUCAGCUCUACUGCUCCAGCCCAGGCUGCUUCACCUCAUGGCUCACCUGGAACGAGCCCAGUGUUCAGCUCCACGCCCCAGGCUCUCUUCACCUCACCUGCACCCCAGACUCCCAUUCAGCCACAGACACAACAUCAGGCCCAGGCUCAGUCUCAACAAGCCCGGACUAACUUCAGCAGCCCCAACGGCUACACAUCUGCCAGCCCCAUCAGCAUCAGCCAACCCACCACCACUUUAUCAUCCUCACCUCCAAGCGUUCAGCCAGUGGCCAUCCAGAAUCAGCUCCAGGGUCUGACCACGACCAGUCCUCUGCUGGCCACCACAACAAGCCAGCCCACACAAACCAUCACACAACACGUGCAGCAAGUACCGGUGUUGUUGCAGCCCCAGUUCAUCAAGGCAGAAUCUCUGCUGCUGACCACCCUGAAACAUGACCCCUGCAUAGUCACCACUAUGGCCUCCCCCACGUCCCUGGCCACCACCACCCCAGUAACAAGCACUUCGAUACAAGCUUUUAUGGGCAGUGGCACUAUCCUGACCACCGUGCCAGUCAUGGUGGAUGCUGACAAGCUCCCAAUCAACCGCAUUGCCAUCAGCGGUAAGCCGCUUGGCCUGCCCCACAAGGGGGAGAAGCGCACUGCUCACAACGCCAUCGAGAAGCGCUACCGCUCCUCCAUCAAUGACAAAAUUGUGGAGCUCAAAGAUCUGGUGGCUGGUACUGAGGCCAAGCUCAACAAGUCUGCAGUGCUGAAGAAAGCCAUCGACUACAUCCGUUACCUGCAGCAGAAUAACCAGAAACUCAAGCAGGAGAACAUGGCUCUUAAAAUGGUUGCCCAGAAAAACAAGUCCCUCAAAGACCUGGUUGCCAUGGAGGUAGAUGGACAGGCUGAUGUGAAGAACGAGCUGCCAACCCCACCAGCUUCUGACGUGGGCUCUCCGACAUCCUUCUCACACUGUGGCAGUGAUUCAGAGCCCGACAGCCCGAUGGGGGAAGAGACCACGCCAAAUGUGGGUGCACUGGACACAUCGACCGCAGGCAGCAGUGCUGGCGGAAUGUUGGAUCGUUCCCGCAUGGCGCUCUGCACCUUCACCUUUCUUUUCCUCUCUCUCAACCCUCUGGCUGCUUUGCUGUGUUCAUCCGGCAGCAGCUCAGCUGGAAGCACUUCAGCCACCACAGCCCAUCACGCAGGCAGGAGCGUUCUGGGUGUGAAUAUCGCAGCGGACUCAUGGGGCUGGAUGGACUGGAUGCUUCCAACUAUACUUGUGUGGCUGCUGAAUGGUAUUCUGGUGUCUGGGGUUCUGAUCCGUCUGCUGGUGUAUGGAGAACCUAUAACCAGACCCCACUCUGGAUCCUCUGUUUUGUUCUGGAGGCACCGCAAGCAGGCUGACUUGGACCUUGCUAGAGGCGACUUUGCUCAGGCUAGUCAGAACCUGUGGACAUGUCUAAAGGCUCUAGGUCGCCCCUUACCCAUCUCCCAGUUGGACCUGGCCUGUGCUGCAUUGUGGUCUCUGCUAAGAUUCUGCCUCCAGCGGGUCUGGGUGGGCCGAUGGCUUGCUGCUAGAGCUGGAGGCCUGCGUUCUGACCGCCCCCUGCAGGAGGAUGCUUGCAAAAGCAGCCGUGACGCCGCCCUGGUUUACCACCGCCUGCACCAGCUUCAUAUGACAGGUAAAUUGAAUGGCAGCCACCUGUCAGCAGUGCACAUGGCUUUGAGUGCAGUGAACCUGGCAGAGUGUUCUGGCUCCUGUCUGCCUGUAGCCACUCUGGCUGAGGUCUAUGUCUCUGCAGCUCUACGGGUCAAAGCCAGUCUGCCCAGGAUCCUGCAUUUCACCUCUCGUGCUUUCCUGAGCAGCGCCCGCCAGGCGUGCCUGUCCUCCAGUGGCAGCGUGCCUCCAGCCAUGCAGUGGCUCUGUCACCCACUAGGUCACCGCUUCUUUGUGGAUGGGGACUGGGCUAUUCGCAGUACUCCCAAAGAAAGCAUCUACAGCCAGGCUGGCAAUACAGUGGAUCCUCUGGCCCAGGUGACUCAGGCAUUCAGAGAGCACCUCUUGGAGAAGGCUCUGUACUGUGUGGCCCAGCCUCAUGGAGAGACGAGUCCCAGCCAGGGCGAGGGGGAGUACGCCGAUGCCCUGGAGUACCUCCAGCUGUUGAUUAGUGCAUCAGAUGCUGCUGGCGCCACAUCCCAGUCCUUUGCAAUCAGCUCCAACAUGGCUACUGUGACUGAAAAUCAGCUCCUAAAACUUGGCAAUUGA